AUCCCCGGUGCAAGACUUUACUGACUAGGUCUGAUUCGUAUGUAAGGGAAGGCGGUGGACCACGGCCGGGGGAAAAUCACGGACUAGCUGGAGAUUUUACUGCGGCCUGGCGGAGAGGACUCUACCGAGGGAGGGUGGUUGAUCGGACCGGUCUGACCAGGUUCUAAUAUGGGCCCAGAGUGACCUGUGGACGCCGUGAGAGAAGAAAGGUUGCAGUUAUCACAAACUCAGGUUUAGUCAAAGAGUCUACACAAAUGGCGAGGCAGAUGGACCAGUCCAAGGUUAAAGAGUUGAAGGAGACGUUCUCUCUCUUCGACAAAGAUGGCGACGGGAACAUCACGGCAACGGAACUCGAGUCCGUCAUGAGGUCGCUGGGACACGAUCCCACCGGGGACGAGAUUCAGGACAUGAUGAAGAGCGUUGACGUGGACGGGAACGGCACCAUAGACUUCCAGGAGUUCCUGUCCAUGAUGGGCUCCAGACCCUCGGUUCACGCCGUCGACCGAGACGUCGAAAUCAGGGAGAUGUUCCGAGUCUUCGACGUGGACGGCAAUGGCUUCAUCAGCGCUGCGGAGUUGCGCAGGGCGAUGUCAAAUCUCGGAGAAGAUCUCACCGAAGACGAGAUUGACGAGAUGAUCCGGGUCGCAGACAAAGAUGGCGACGGCCAGAUCGAUUUCGAGGAAUUCGUCAAGAUGAGCAGGUUGGCUCAUCCCGAACCUCCGAAGAGCAUCACUCUGGACGUUCCCAGCCAACCAGACUCCCCGGAGUCUCCCGAAGACGGGAAGAAGGAGAAGAAGGGCAGCUUCAAGAAGAAGAGGGGCAGCUUCAAGAAGCGGCUGAUGCAGCUCGCGGGAAAGGACUCCAGCGACAGACGAGAUAAGGACAGCUAAAUCUUCCAAGGAUAACACCUUUAAGGAUUACCUCUUAAUCGUCUUUCUGUCAGUGGGUAGAUGGGAAAGAUACGUAGAUUGAGUUGGAAACAAGCGGGAGUGAGAUAAGGGGUUCCUUAUCGACUGAUGCUGACAUGUUUGUAUAUAUGACGCUUAAUGGGAGAAGGGUGUGAAACGGGCACAGUUAUCGCAAUAAGGUAGUUAUGUAACAUGCCCUACUAUACCAUCCCUAGGUGCGCUGAGGUAGCACGUUGACAGAAUGAUUAAGAACUAAAACAAAUUGACCAAGGCUAGAGACACGACGCUGCGUAGAAGACAAAUUUGAAGUCGCUCCUCUUCAACGAUGAUCAAUCAACUCGAAUAUUAGAGACUCCUUUUCAAUCGAUUAGCGAGAAGAAGGGGGUAUCCUCCUUUUUUGCAACUGAGGCUGGUCUACAAGAACCUCAUGAGUAUAAUCAGUCAAUUAUAUAUAAGAGAAUAGGUUGUACAAUUACGCGAAUGAUCGCGAAGAUUUUGUACAGGUUGUCGUGAAGAGAGUGGAUAUGUUCGUUGUGAUUGAUGAUGGUAUACUUACUAGUACCCUUUUAUGUCAAAACGUUUUGUUUUCUUUGCUUUAACACAAAAGCCUGCUGUUAUAGUGGUAAUACUGGUGGUAAAAUGAUUCUAUAUCAGCUGUAUAUAAACUGGCAUUUGUUAUCUUAUUUGUUGAUUGACAACCGUGAUGAAAAAGAAAUGUAUAUUUUACAUUCCGGGAGUAAGACUUUAACAGAGAUGAAAUCCAACUUUUCAAAAUCACUUAUGAUUAAAACAAUCGGCGCUUUAGCAAAAUAUUUUUGGAUCCAGCUAUCUAGAAAAACACACUGUGACAAUUAUGAUAUCAAGGCGUAAUGUCCAAAUAGAAAUAUGGACGGGGGCGUUUCAACUGACUUAAAUGUAAAUGAAUCUUGUAUUGGCAAAAGUUAAAAGCUUACUCGCAUAUUAUAGUACAAAUAUACCGUAUUUUCAAGCACAAAAUUCUAUUACAGCUGCUAUUCUGCUGAAAGUUGAAUAACCGUAUACAACUUCUCAAGUGAGAACGAAUCAUAUACGGCUUCAGAAGACUUCAUUCCAAUUGUACGUAUCACGGAAGAAACAAUCUCAAGUUGAUUGCCCCAGAAUAACGGUUUUCUUAUUAGUUUGAUAGUUGACUGUUUUGAAUCACAUUUCGACCAUACAAUCGUGGAAAUACACGUUACGCCUAGCUUGAAAAUAAACCAGCUUGGAAAUAUAUUCUAAACUUCUUUGGUACCCAGGGUGCUUUGUUGGGGCGCGGGUGUCCCUGUUUAUAUUGACCAUGCAUACUCUCCCUCAUUUAUUUUGCCAAAUGAACCAUUUUCGACCCUCUCUACUUUCCUGAUCCCUCACAAAAUUAACCAAUGCUAUGCAGUGUAAACAAGUGCAACAACAAGCAAAGGAUGCAAUACUGUUGUUUCCUACGUAUGUAGUCAAUGGCGUCCAUGCUACGUACCGUGCGUGAUGUAUCAAGACUAAUAUAAGAUUUCAUUCCAUUACAUCCUUCUUUUCUGUGCUUUUCAUCACAGCUUCAGGCUACCAGGGCGCUAACUAUCAAGUCCGUACCUAUGUCAUUACCUUUAAAUCCAAAAUGGCGGAUCAGGGUACCGUACAUCAUGCUGGGAAAAUAUUCGAUUCCAUGUGGCGCAUCAGGACACCGCACAGCAUGCCGGAAAUAUUGGAAAGGGAUAUUAAAACUAAUCGAGGAAAAAUAUGGUAGCACAGGCUCCAAACCUGCAUAAAAAUCAGCUACCAAUCAAAUUAGCCUAGAUUCGGAAUGCAUGUCAUGACAUGAUUAUGUGUCAUUGAACAGUUUUAAAUGUUUACAAAAAAGGAAACAUGUCAUAUGAAGUUGCGCCAACAAUCCAUAUAACGCAUGCGCACUACAGAUGACGUAAAAAUUUGACCC